GGAACGCUGAUUGUACGAUUGGCCAACUUUAAAACGCGCGUCACGCCGCAACGUGUAUAUAAUUCGAUUCUUGCCUUUGUACUCUAGUUUUACCUACGCGUUUCGUACGUGUCGUGUUCCACUGGAAACAUGCUGCCCGCCAAGGUCACUCUGCUAUUUGGAAUCGUGGCACUAUUAAAAUUAUCGACAGUAGCACCAGACAGCGCAGGGUUAGUGGAAAUGGUGAAUGGAUUGGCGUACGGUGGGAUUCCCUAUGGAAGCGUAAGCGGCAUGGUGGCCAAAUAUCCGAGAUACGGAUCCGGGAUUAAUGCUCAGCCUCAAGACAGACAAUUCAACAUUUUAAGCAACACUCAACGGCCAGUAAUAAUUACACCGAAUUUUCGAGCGACUCGGCUGAUGGGAAUUUCACCUCGACCCGUGCAAAUUUACAAUCUACCCGGUGUCAUCGCCCCCGGUAUCGUCGGCACGAUCAGUCAAAUCGGUUAUUAG